AUGCUAAAGUUUAUUAUCCCCACUAUCAUACUAAUACCACUAACCUGACUAUCAAAAAACAAUCUAAUCUGAAUCAACUCCACAACCCAUAGCCUAUUAAUUAGCUUUACAAGUCUACUCCUCCUUACGCAAUCCAAUGAUAAUAACCUCAACUACUCCCUUACGUUCUUCUCUGACCCCCUCUCCACACCCCUCCUAAUCUUGACCAUAUGACUCCUCCCCCUAAUACUAAUAGCAAGCCAAUCACACCUCCUCAAAGAGCCCCUUGCCCGAAAAAAACUCUAUAUCACAAUAUUAAUCACACUACAAGUAUUCCUCAUCAUAACAUUCACCGCCACAGAACUAAUCCUAUUUUAUAUUAUAUUUGAAGCUACGCUAGUCCCAACCCUCAUCAUUAUUACCCGUUGAGGUAAUCAGACAGAACGACUUAAUGCAGGACUUUACUUCCUCUUCUAUACACUGCUCGGAUCACUCCCCUUACUAGUAGCACUAACUUACCUACAAAACACAACAGGAACCCUAAACUUCCUUCUAAUACAAUACUGAACCCAACCCUUAUCAACCUCCUGAUCCAACACUUUUAUAUGAUUAGCCUGUAUAAUAGCCUUCAUAGUAAAGAUACCCCUUUACGGACUACACUUAUGACUCCCCAAAGCACAUGUAGAAGCCCCCAUUGCAGGCUCCAUGGUACUUGCAGCCGUACUAUUAAAACUCGGUGGUUACGGCAUACUACGAAUCACACCCAUACUUAACCCACUCACAGAACACAUGGCUUACCCCUUCCUCAUACUCUCACUAUGAGGCAUAAUCAUAACCAGCUCCAUCUGUUUACGCCAAACAGACCUAAAAUCACUUAUCGCAUACUCCUCAAUCAGCCACAUAGCACUCGUUAUCACAGCCAUUCUCAUCCAAACCCCCUGAAGCUACAUAGGAGCUACCACCCUAAUAAUCGCCCACGGUCUCACCUCAUCCAUACUAUUCUGCCUAGCAAAUUCAAACUACGAACGAAUUCACAGCCGAACCAUAAUCUUAGCCCGAGGCCUACAAAUCUUCCUCCCAUUGAUAGCAACCUGAUGACUACUAGCAAGCCUAACAAACCUCGCCCUACCCCCUACAAUCAACCUAAUCGGAGAACUAUUCGUAAUAAUAUCCAUAUUCUCAUGAUCAAAUCUCACCAUCAUCCUAAUAGGAACAAACAUCGUAAUCACCACCCUAUACUCCCUAUAUAUGCUAAUUACCACACAGUACGGCAAACACACAUACCACGUCAACAACCUCACCCCCUCCUUCACACGAGAACAUACCCUAAUAGCUCUACAUAUCAUUCCCCUCCUACUUCUCUCACUAAACCCUAAAAUCAUUCUAGGUCCCCUCUACU